UUGUUCAAAAACCCUAACCCCCUUAAAUUCCCUGAUUCACUCUCUCCGUCCCCGUCUCAAUGCCAUUGUAGCUCUAGGGUUAGGGUUUCUCCAAAAAGGAUCAAAGAAGAGGAAUCAUGGCAGCCGCAGUCGCAUCUCCUAUGGAAUCUGUCCAAUGUUUCGGGCGUAAGAAGACAGCAGUGGCAGUGACCCACUGCAAGCGUGGGCGAGGUCUCAUCAAAAUCAACGGUGUCCCCAUCGAGUUGGUUCAACCUGAAAUCCUCCGCUACAAAGCCUUCGAACCAAUUCUCCUUUUAGGCCGCCACCGAUUCGCCGGAGUGGACAUGCGUAUCCGCGUGAAGGGUGGAGGUCAUACAUCUCAGAUCUACGCUAUCCGUCAGUCCAUUGCUAAGGCACUUGUUGCUUUCUACCAGAAGUACGUGGACGAGCAAUCGAAGAAGGAGAUUAAGGACAUUCUUGUUCGCUAUGAUAGGACUUUGCUUGUUGCUGAUCCUAGGCGCUGUGAGCCCAAAAAGUUUGGUGGUCGUGGUGCUCGUGCUAGGUUCCAGAAGUCUUACCGUUGAUAUCGAUUAUUUCUCAUUUCUCUUCAGUCUUCAAAUGCAUUUAGCGGCUUUGGAUAAUCUAUAAGGUCAUUCGAGGAAGGUUUUUGAUACAACUUUACUGGUUGUUUUGCAUGUUUGGAUUAAUGCUAUUAUUACUAUUUUGCUUUUGAAUUUGUAGUUUAUAUCCUCACAACUUUUGUUCUUAAUUAUUUUGUGUCUUCUAGUGCUAUGUAUGCGCUCUUUAUAUGGUUUGAUACCUAGUUUCUUUUAAUCAGUGUCAGCGGAAGCUAAAGAGGCACUGUGAUGCUCGGAUGUAUGUGGAAAUACAUUUGAGUUCAUCUUUUUUG